AAAAAAAGUGUCAACUUCGUGUUUCUCUGACGUUUGUUCCUUGCGGGCCGCCGUAGCGUUCUUAGUUAAGGGAACCACGUGAUUAUGAUGUCAUCGGAUGAGGAAGUACAUCUCUGAAUAAGGGUGUACUGGGGGUGAUGGCAUCUUAUAAAAAGCUUAUAUGAAACCAUAACAUUGAGAAUAAUUAAGAAACAAUUUAUAUAAACUCUAAACAGUAACUGGAAAAGGACUGAGAUGGAAGGAUUUUCAUGUUCUCUUCAGCCACCAUGCCCAGUGCCCAAGUCUCUGUGGCUGGGCUGCUCCAGCCUGGUGGACAGCAUGCCCUCCCUGCAGUGCCUGUAUAACCCAGGGACUGGCGCACUAACAACUUUCCAGACGGCCUCAGAAAGAGAAGACUGUAACCGGGAUGAACCGCCUAGGAAGAUUAUACCAGAGAAAAACCCACUUAGACAGACCUCCAACAACUGUGCCAGUUUGUGCAUAACCCAAGAUACCGUAUGCUUGUUUGGCUCUGCUAUGAAGACAGAAAGUUGUGUAGUUAAAACGAAACUUGCCAAUGGCACUUCCAGCAUGAUUGUGCCCAAGCAGCGAAAGCUGUCAGCAAAUUACGAGAAGGAGAAAGAGCUAUGCGUCAAGUAUUUUGAGCAGUGGUCCGAGUGCGAUCAAGUAGAGUUUGUUGAACACCUGAUCUCUCGAAUGUGCCACUAUCAGCAUGGACAUAUAAACACUUACCUUAAGCCAAUGUUACAAAGGGAUUUCAUCACCGCACUACCAGCUCGCGGACUAGAUCACAUAGCAGAAAACAUCCUUUCAUACCUGGACGCAAGGUCAUUGUGUUUCGCAGAACUGGUAUGUAAGGAGUGGUACAGAGUGACCUCUGAUGGAAUGCUCUGGAAGAAGCUCAUAGAGAGGAUGGUCAGGACAGAUUCUCUUUGGAGGGGACUGGCAGAAAGAAGAGGAUGGGGUCAAUAUCUAUUUAAAAACAAACCUCCAGAUGGGAAAACGCCACCAAAUUCCUUCUACAGAGCACUUUACCCAAAAAUUAUUCAAGACAUAGAGACAAUAGAGUCCAACUGGCGCUGUGGGAGACACAGCUUACAAAGAAUUCACUGCCGGAGUGAAACAAGCAAAGGGGUAUACUGUCUGCAGUACGAUGAUCAGAAGAUAGUAAGUGGACUCAGAGAUAACACCAUUAAGAUCUGGGAUAAGAAUACUUUGGAGUGCAAGCGAGUGCUGAUGGGCCACACUGGGUCAGUUCUCUGUCUGCAGUAUGAUGAGAGAGUAAUCAUUACCGGCUCUUCAGACUCUACUGUCCGGGUUUGGGACGUGAACACAGGAGAAAUGUUGAACACACUGAUUCACCACUGUGAGGCUGUGCUGCAUUUGAGGUUUAACAAUGGCAUGAUGGUUACCUGCUCCAAAGAUCGUUCCAUUGCAGUGUGGGACAUGGCCUCUGCAACAGAUAUCACAUUACGAAGAGUUCUUGUAGGCCACCGAGCUGCCGUUAAUGUGGUGGACUUUGAUGACAAGUACAUAGUUUCUGCAUCUGGCGAUCGAACAAUAAAGGUUUGGAACACCAGUACAUGUGAAUUUGUGCGGACAUUGAAUGGCCACAAGCGUGGUAUUGCUUGCUUACAAUAUCGAGAUAGGCUUGUGGUUAGUGGUUCUUCUGAUAACACAAUCAGAUUGUGGGACAUUGAAUGUGGAGCAUGUUUGCGGGUUCUGGAAGGACAUGAAGAACUGGUCCGAUGUAUCCGCUUUGAUAACAAGAGAAUAGUCAGUGGAGCAUAUGACGGGAAAAUUAAAGUGUGGGACCUUGUGGCUGCUUUAGACCCCCGUGCGCCUGCAGGGACCCUGUGUCUCCGGACUCUUGUGGAGCAUUCGGGCAGAGUUUUCCGCUUGCAGUUUGAUGAGUUCCAGAUAGUAAGCAGCUCUCACGAUGACACUAUCCUCAUCUGGGAUUUUCUCAACGACCCAGCUGCACACGCAGAGUCAACGCGUUCACCUUCUAGAACAUACACGUACAUCUCCAGAUAAAUGACACUACGUAGUACCUCACAGUUGCACAGGACUUGCUUGAAAAGUAUGGUAAUUAAACCACCUGUGAAUGCCGGGAAAUAAACAUUCUACUUGACCAGUAUUUGCUGAAAAAAAAAAAUA